AUGUUGUAUGCCCAGAUCCUUGCCCUGGCAGUGGCUGUGGCGCAGUACAGAGCGGUGGCCAUUCAUGAAGCAUGCAGGACGGCGGAGGUGGCCGACAUUUUGUUCCUCGUGGGGCAGUCACAGGGCACAGGGAGGGAGAGCUCCCGGCUGGUCAAGGACUUCAUCGGCAGCAUGGCCCGUUCCUUUGAGAACGUGGUGAUGGGCAAAGGAGGCAUCCGGCUGGCAGUGGCACUCUACGGGGAGAAACCAAGGAUGAGUAUUGAGCUCACGGAUUAUGUGACCAUCGAAGAAAUGCUGGUGGCAAUUCAGGAUCUCUCCCUCAAAGGCAGCAGCUUAAGAACAGGGUCAGCCCUGGCGUUUGCGGCUCAUGCCAUGUCUCGCUUGGACACGCUGCGAGAGGAUGCAGCAAAGGCAGUUGUUUUGAUCACGGAUGGGAAAUCCAGCGACUCAGUUGAAGAUGAAGCCCAGGUCCUGCAGGAUGUGGGGGUGACGGUCUUUGCUGUAGGAAUUAAGGAUGCUGACAAGAACGAACUGAACAAAAUAGCUUCAGAGCCCACUGCAGAGCAUGUGCUUUACGUUGAAGAUUUCCACCUGCUCCACAGCGUGGCCCCCAAACUCUCUCGAAGGCUCUGUUUCACUGCCUCAGAGCCGCCACGACCCGUCAAACAGACUGUGCAAGCUGAGAAGAUCACCGGCCCUCGGGAUUUGUAUGUCAGUGAGCACAGCCACAGCUCGCUGCGACUCACGUGGACGCCAGCUACAGGGAGGGUGACGGGGUACCGUGUCCAUCUGCAUCCCUCACUGCCUUCGGGGCAGCUGGUUUCAGAGGACCAGCGGCAGGUUGUGGUGGAUGGUGACAAAAGUACCGUGCUGGUGACUGAUCUGAAACCCAACACCAAGUAUGUCUUCACGGUGAGGGCCGUCUAUGCGGAUGUCCUUGGGGAGUCAGCAGCUGUCAAGGGGAAAACAACACCUGUGCCUCCAGUCACUAAUUUCCGUGUGAUAGAAGAAGGACUUUUUAGCUUGAAGGUGGCUUGGACACCUCCUCUGGGCAAGCUGGAGGGCUACAAGAUCUACAUCCCCAGAGCCAACAGACCAGGAAUGACCUAUGAGCAGGUUCUGCAGGGCGAUGUCUCUUCCCACGUGCUGGAUAACUUGCAGGAGGACAGAGAGUACAGCAUCAGCAUCUACGCGGUGUACCCCCAGGGGCCAAGCCAGCCUGUGGCUGCUGUGGGAAGAACAUUGAAGCUCCUGCCUGUGAAAAGCAUCUUGCUGCAGAAUGAGACCACCAACACACUCCAGGCAAGGUGGAGCCCCGUCCGGGGAGCAACGGGGUACAGACUCACCUGGACAUCAGCAGAGGGCAACAUCCAGGACGUGAACCUCAGCAACACCUACAGCUACUACAUGAUCCAGGGGCUGCAGCCUGGCACAGAGUACACCAUCACCAUCAACCCCAUCUUUGGGGAUGUUGAAGGGCCGGUGGUGAGCAGAAAAGCAACAACGGUGGCAUCGAGUACUGUCCAGAUGCUGAAAGUGAGUGAGAUAUCCAUCAACAGCGCUCUGGUCUCCUGGGACUCGGUUGCUGGGGCCACCGGGUACCGAGUGGCUUGGGGUCCUACACCAGAGUUCUUUGGCAAAGACCGUCCUCGCCAGCUGGCCCUCAACAAGUCGAUCACAGCCUACCAGCUCCGCAACCUGGCCCAUGACACUGAGUACGUGAUUUCCCUCUAUGUGCUCUUUGGCUCGGUGGAGGGACCGGGGAUCACAACCUCAGCCAGGACAUCUCCUCUUGGCUACAUCUCCAAUUUCAAGGUACUGUCCUACACCAGCUCAAGCCUGUCUCUAGUGUGGAGUGCCACGGCAGCUGCCACCAAAUUCAAAGUCACCUGGAGCCCUGUGGGAGCAGGCAAAGAAAAACAGGUUGCCAAGACUCAGUACCUGGGCAGUAGGGUGUUGGCUUACCGGAUUGACCACUUGCUGCCUGACACCCUGUAUAAAGUCAGUGUUCGGGCUGUCUUCAGCAAGACCGAGGGGCCAGAGGUGACUCUGACUCACCACACAGCAUCUCUCACAGACUCCAACCCCAUCCAGACCGUUCAAGAUCUGAGGAUUACUGACACUGGCGUAAAUAGUUUGAAGCUAUCUUGGAGGAGGCUUCCUGGGGUAACUCAUUAUAAGAUAUCCUGGGUACCAUUCAAUGGUGGCUUGGAAACCUCCCAGGUGAUUGCAGCAGAGACAGUCUCCUUCACGAUCCCCAAACUGAAGAAGAGCACCACCUACACCAUCUGCAUGUCUGCAAUGAUCGGGGGACGGGAGGGAAGCCCCACGCUCCUCACAGCCAAAACUUUGGAUUUACCCAAAGUGACUGAGUUCACAGUGCAGGAGGCUGCGGAGACCAGCAUUUUGCUGACUUGGACAGCUGUUCGUGGGGCAUCCACAUACCUAUUAACAUGGCGCUUGUCCUCAGCUUCUGAUCUUUCCGAGGAACUGUUACCAGCAGCUUCUAGAUCAUAUCGAGUGACAGGACUGAGCACCAAAGAAACGUAUUUGUUUUCUAUAAGACCAGUCUUUGGAGAUACGGAGGGACCGGAGACAACACUCCUUGGGCAAACAGUGGGACCUCACAGAGAUUCACCUGCGCCAAUUGCUCCAGUGACUUCUGCAAAAUUGGAUAUGAUGAGAUCCCCACCCAUAUCUCCUGGCAAUGUGGGGACCACCCCUCUUCCACUGGCCACCACCACAAAGCUACCAGCAACCCCAGAGACCCCACUAUCAACCACUGUAGUGUCUGCACUGCUGACAACUCUCCCUGGGCCAAUCUGUGGCAAGUUCAAAGCAGACAUUGGGUUCCUGGUGGACGAGUCCUCGAGUAUUGGCCAGAGCAAUUUCAAUAAAGUGAAGGAUUUCCUCUUCCGGAUCAUUUCGUAUUUCCCUAAGAUUGGGCCUGAAGGGACACAGGUUGCUGUUGCUCAAUACAGCGAGGAGCCCAGGGCAGCCUUCCACUUCAACCAGCACCGGGACCGCAACAGCGCCCUGAAAUCCAUCAAGGGACUGCGCUAUGCUGGAGGCAACACAAAAACGGGUCGUGGUUUAGCCUACAUGCUAAAGGAGAUAUUUCAGUCCUCCAGAGGGAUGAGACCAGAUUUCCCUCAUGUCCUGGUCCUCGUGACUGAUGGGCGAUCCCAGGAUGAUGUGUUGCCGCCAGCCAGAGUAGCCCAUGCUUUGGGGAUCCGCGUCAUUGCUGUGGGUGUCUCAGGAGCUGACCCCAUUGAGCUCAACAGCAUCUUGCUGCAGCAGAACCUCCAGAACGUUUUCUACGUCAGCACAUUUGACGACUUCCCCCAGAUCCUCCGAGAGCUGAUAGAAGUAAUUUGUUCUGACCCUCAGCCUUCAGGGGCCCAGCUACCAUCUGGGGAGGUUGCCAGACAUGAAGCCAACAAGCAAUUGCCAUUUGGUGACAUGGAGAGCAACCCACAUGUCCCUGAUCCAUCAUCAGCUGAACCACAUAUCCAAAAGGAAGAGGAGGCUUGUGGUCCCUGGUGUUUAAAGAGCUUCAGGAGCUCACCAGCUCAUGGAGGCUAUGACCCAUACAGCUUUACUACAAAGGGAGAGAAAGGAGAGAGGGGUCUACCUGGGAAGGAUGGCAUUCCUGGGCUGCCGGGCAGACCAGGGCGGACAGGUCCUCCUGGUCCCCCUGGAAUCAUGGGUCUCCCUGGCAUCCAAGGUGACAUUGGAUCUCCUGGCUAUCCCGGACCAGUGGGGCCAAAAGGAGACAGAGGUGAACCAGGCUAUGUCCUCGGAGGAGUAGAGGUGAUUCCUGGCCGAAAUGGGCAGCCUGGCCCCGCUGGACAGAAAGGGCAGCCGGGGGUUCCUGGGGUAGCAGGACCACCAGGUUUACCAGGUUUACCGGGGCCACAGGGGCCACCAGGGAUCUCCAUCAAGGGCGAACCAGGGGAUUCAGGUAUCAGGGGCCCUCGUGGGAGGAAUGGCGUCAAGGGUGACAGAGGAGGCAUGGGAGAGCCGGGGAAACCUGGCUUGCCAGGCCCUGUAGGGCUAGAUGGUGUUCCUGGACUGCCUGGACCAAGGGGAGAAAAGGGGAUGGCGGGAACUGGCAUUCCUGGCACUGUUGGCCCAAAGGGGGAAGAAGGAAAGCAGGGGGUGAUGGGACCUCCAGGAGUGCCAGGGCAAAAGGGACUCCCAGGACCUCCAGGGCAGAAAGGAGACCAAGUUUUGGGACCUCCAGGCAAGAAAGGUGUCAGGGGAGAUAUUGGACCAACAGGCGCCCUGGGACCACAAGGAGACAAAGGAAUACAAGGAGACAAAGGAGAAAAGGGAAGUCCAGGUUUCGGCAUUCCUGGUCAACCUGGGCUAAAGGGAGACCCAGGCGAUAGGGGAAAUGUAGGUUUGUCUGGCAAGCCAGGUCAGAAGGGGGAUAUAGGCCUGAAGGGAGAGAAAGGUGAACCAGGAUUACCUGGGAAACCAGGCAAGACCGGACUAAGAGGUAAAGAUGGAGAACCAGGGAAGAAAGGCACCUCUGGGACCAAGGGAGAAGCUGGUGUCCCUGGAGAACCAGGAGAGAGAGGAAUCAGGGGUCCACCUGGACUCCCAGGACGGCCUGGAGAGAAGGGGAUAAAAGGCGAUACAGGACAACCUGGAAAGGAUGGAAUCACUGGAGAGAAGGGAGACAAGGGCGAAUCUGGUGAACCUGGGAUGCCUGGGACUCCUGGAAGCAUUGUGUCUUCUCUGGAGAACACCAUCACCCUGAAAGGCGACAAGGGGGAUCACGGAAAGGAUGGCUUGAAAGGUGAAAGGGGUCCUCCAGGCCCAAAGGGAGAACCCGGUCCACCAGGCAAAGGAGUGGAAAUGAAGGAUCUGGAGAGGCUUUUUGAAGCAAAUGGUAUCAAGCUGGCACUGCUGAAGGAUCUCUCCAAUGCGCUCCUGCGGGAUGGGCUGGAUGGGCUGGUGCGGCAGCUGGGUGGCUCCAGGACAAGCAAGACCUCCAGGAGAAAGCAGGUACCUCUGCAUGCCACCAAGCGCAGCGAUUCACUGGUGUUUGAUACUUCUCGUGAUGUCCUGGCCAGCACUGAGGUGACAGAAGAAGCACAGAGCCUGGAGGUGGAGGCUCAGUUUAGUGUGCCGAUGUCUGGAGAACUCCCUAAGGGUCCAUCUGUUGGUGGUUCUGAACCUGCGUACCAGCCCCUAGGAAACCCUCCUGAGUCCUUGGAGAAAACAUCUGAGGAAAGAAGGAAGGAGAGAGACUCAAGAGGGACAAACACUUCUCUCAGCAGUAGCUUGCCUGUGCCCUCACCGCACCCGGAACAUGAUCUGCAAGGAAACCAGUUCACGGAGCUUCUCGAGUCCUUGGAGGAGAGGGUAGAAGGACAACCACAGCAGGACACCAGCCAUGAAAAUGUGAAUUUAGAUGAUGGCUCUGCACCCCCGAGGCACAUUAGAGCCAGGAGAUCUGCGGAGCAGGGGAGACAGACGGUUCAUCCCCCCGGUGUCCCGGGAGCUCGGAAAUCCCCCUCUGGAUCCGCGGCAUACCCAGGCCCUCAUCACCCGAGGAGAAUUAAGAAGGAGGAUACUGGCCCGGCAGAUCCACCCUCCCAUGCCCAAAAGGGAGAAAUGGGAGCUCCGGGAGCCCGUGGAGACAAAGGAGAAAAGGGGCAGCCUGGGGAGAUGGGGGAACCUGGAGAAAAGGGCACCAAAGGAGACAGAGGUGAAAAUGGUCAAAAGGGGGAACCAGGAAUUGGAUUCAGAGGUCCCAUUGGUCAGGCUGGGCCACCUGGAUUUAAGGGUGAGCCAGGGGCCCCAGGACCUCCAGGAGCUCAGGGCAUCCAGGGCAUUCGUGGCAAUGCCGGCACCCCUGGGUCACAGGGGGACAGAGGGGCUCCAGGUCUGGCCGGGAUGCCAGGACAGAAGGGGGAGCGUGGGAAGAGAGGCCGGAAUGGAUUUGCUGGGCCCACAGGACCAUCAGGAUCCCCAGGAAAAGAGGGGAUUCCCGGGACACCUGGACCCAAAGGCAACAAGGGAGAAAUCGGCAUUGGAGCAGCUGGCCCAAGAGGUCCCCGCGGACUGCCUGGCCCCAGGGGUGAUGAGGGCAUCGUGGGAGUCCGGGGACCCACUGGCACGAUGGGUCUAAAAGGCUUCCCGGGUGUGAAAGGCGAAAGAGGUGAUCGGGGACUUCUGGGACCCAAGGGAGAAAGAGGUGAGCCCAUGACUAUUUUUGGACCCCAGGGCUAUAAAGGCAGUAAAGGAGAUCCUGGUGAACGGGGCCUUCCAGGUUUUGAUGGUGACAAAGGCGAGAAGGGAGAGGAUGGGCCUGUAGGAGAAAAGGGAGUCAAAGGUGAAGCUGGCUCCAAGGGAGUGAUGGGGCUUUUCGGAACAAGAGGACCGGUGGGACAGAAGGGGGAGCCAGGAGAACCAGGCUUGCCAGGCUCUGCCGGUGCAGCAGGCCUCGAUGGGAAGAACGGAAACAAGGGAGCCAAAGGCGACAGAGGUCUUCAGGGGCAGAAGGGGAAGCCGGGAGGGAAAGGUGAUCCUGGGACCACUGGCGACAUUGGGCAGAAAGGAACAAAGGGCUUACGAGGGCUCCCAGGACGCAUCGGUCCUCCUGGACCCAAGGGCAUCAAGGGAGAAAUUGGCAGUCCUGGAAAACCAGGAAUCCCAGGAUCAGAUGGACAAUAUGGCCCAAAGGGUGAACAGGGAGCAUCAGGAGACAAUGGUGCCUCAGGGAUUCCUGGGGAGAAAGGAGAAAAGGGUGCCAAGGGAGUUCCUGGCUUGGGAGGCUUCAAAGGACAAAUGGGAUGGCCGGGGAAGACGGGAGUCGCUGGACCGGAUGGACCUCAAGGACCACAGGGUGAACCAGGGCCACAGGGUCCACGAGGGAAAAGAGGGAGACCUCAGCUCUGCCUCAGGGGACCCCCCGGCAUGAACGGGCAAAAAGGAGAAAUGGGUGAAAAUGGUCCAGCUGGCCAGAAAGGAGAAAAGGGAGAUCCUGGUCUUUCUGAGGAAGAGGUGAAGGAGGUGGUCAGGAACGAAAUAAGAGGUAGAUGUGAUUGUGGAGGUGAGUUGGGAAGGAUGCUCAUGGAAAGGGGUAAGGCUGCUAAUAUCUACAUAGAAAUAAAACAGGGUCUCCAAGGGUAUUUUCAGCCUCGGGAACACACCAGAAGGAAUGGUGAAAGCCAGGAAGAAAUGCUUAACAAAACUCAGAGCAUGACCGCAUUGGUAACUUCAGUGAAGCCCUUCAUGGAGCCACCUUCACUUACUGCAGCAGCUCCCCGGGCGCAGCAGAUAACGGGUCCCUCUCAGCACAGGCGCCAAGAAGCCCACAGUCAAUUACCAGCUCCUUGCCUGCAGCCGAUGGACGAGGGUUCCUGCCGGCACUACACCCUGCUCUGGUAUUACCAUGCAGAGGCAAACGCCUGCCGGCCCUUCAUCUUUGGGGGAUGCCGAGGGAACAGCAACCGCUUCGAAACCAAGUGGAAAUGUGAGCGGCGAUGCAAAACCUCAGCAGGUAAGGUAGCCCCUGAGCCCUCCAACCCUCCUCUUCCUCCAACCAGGAGUGAGGAAGACCUCUCCACGACCUGCCCACCUCCGUUGCCUUAUGGUGCCCCACCAGGACCAAGAGAGGACUUGGAGGAGUGCCUCUAG